GCGGGGCGCGCGGCGCAUAAAGGCGGUUGGGGGCGGGGCGCGCCGUCGGUCUGCGCCGCGGGACGGGACGCGACAGGACGCUCCGGUCGCCCCGCGUCGCCAUGGCCUGCAGCCCGCGAACCCCGCCGUCGUACCGGAGCCGCGGCGACCGCGACGCCAGCCCGCCGCCCCCCGCGAGGUGGAGCCUGGGGCGCAAGCGCAGAGCCGACGGCCGGCAGCGGGCGGAGGACGCCGAGGGGCCCGCGAAGCCCGCGGACUGCCGCAGGCCCGACAGCUUCACCACCCCCGAGGCCCCGAAGCCCCGGCCGCGGUGUGCGGACUGGGCGAGCGCCGUGGAGGAGGAUGAGAUGAGGACCCGGAUGAACAAAGAGAUCGCAAGGUACAAGAGGAAGCUCCUCGUCAACGACUGCGGGCGGGAGAGGAAGUCGCUGCUGGGGAGCUGUGGCUCCAAGGCGCCGUGCGCCGCGCCCGCCGACCUGGAGACGGACGAAAGCGUCCUGAUGCGGAGGCAGAAGCAGAUCAACUACGGGAAGAACACCAUGGCCUACGACCGCUACAUCCGCGAGGUCCCGAGGCACCUCCGCCAGCCCGGUAUUCACCCCAAGACCCCCAACAAGUUCAAGAAGUACAGCCGGCGCUCGUGGGACCAGCAGAUCAAGCUCUGGAAGGUGGCCCUGCACUUCUGGGACCCUCCCACCGAAGAAGGAUGUGAUGUGCAAGAAAUACACCCUGUGGACCUCGGAGAGAUGGAGACCGAGUCCGCCGAGAGCAGCUCCGAGUCCCAGGCCAGCUCCCAGGACCACAGCUUCGACAUGUAUGAGGGCACCCCCACCAAGGUGAGACACCUGGACUGCCACGUGGAGGACGAGUUCGACUUGGAAGCAUGUUUAACUGAGCCCCUGAAGGACUUCGCGGCCAUGAGCUAACCUGCCCUCGGAGGCUCCUGCUAAUAUUACCGCCUGGGGAUUGUUACUCUUGCCUUAUUUUCUUAAACAGUUUUGUGUAUGGCCAGUGUAUGUUGCAUGUUUUAAGUCCGAAAUGCAAUUAAAUUCGAUGAUAAUUGAACUUGAAGCAAUCUUAUAACAGACUUAAUCGCUUGGUCCCCACGAUUCCCAAGUUCACCCAACAAGCAUACUUGAACCGGUGUCCACCGAAUCUGGGGUGCUGAUCUGCCGCUUGUGGGAGGUGGUGUGGGUGUCCCGUGUCAGCUCCCUGGACUGUGUGAGGGUUCUCACCGUCAGGCCCUGUAAGGUCUUCAUGCAAACUUAAUUUGUGGCCUUUUGUCGGUGAGUCAGAGCCAGAGUCACAGUCGCAGUCCAGUCGGUGUUUGUAAAUAGUGCCAGGGAGGCCUCUCCCAGUCGUACUCGGAGUUAGGCAGCAAAGGGGUUUAGGAAGAACCUUUACACCGUUACUUUACCAUGUAAAAUUGCUGUAAAUGAUGAUGUAUACAGAUCUGUUCAAACCUCCAAUUGUAAACUUCUCGUUAAGGCUGUUGUGAAGUUUUUAUUGCUUUUGUACGGAAUGAGAUUGCAAAAAUAAAAGAGCCUUUAACUGA